ACGCCAGAACGGUGGGGGCGGGUCACGCAGACCGCGCAGCCAGGAGCGGCGGUGGCUGCGGCUGUGGCAGUGGCUGCGGGGCUGCGAGCUGGGAACCGGCUCCGGGUUCCGGUUAAGUGAAGAACCUCGCAGUGCUGAGUUCGCCGCCCGCCCUGGAGCCAUGGAAAUCGGCACCGAGAUAAGCCGCAAGAUCCGGAGUGCCAUUAAGGGGAAAUUGCAAGAAUUAGGAGCUUAUGUUGAUGAAGAACUUCCUGAUUACAUUAUGGUGAUGGUGGCCAACAAGAAAAGUCAGGACCAAAUGACAGAGGACCUGUCCCUGUUUCUGGGGAACAACACGGUUCGAUUCACCGUAUGGCUUCAUGGUGUAUUAGAUAAACUUCGCUCAGUUACAACUGACCCCUCGAGUCUAAAGUCUCCGGACACCAGCAUAUUCGAUAGCGGCGUGCCUUCGAACAGGAGCAGCCUCGGUCGGGGGGACGAGCGAAGGCACGAGGCCGCCGUACCGCCCCUCGCGGUUUCUAGCUCUAGGCCCGAGAAGAGAGAUUCCCGGAUUUCUGCAGGUUCGCAGGAGCAGAAAACCAAUAAUGUCAGGCAGGCAUACGACGAUGGAACCGCAACCCGAUUAAUGUCGACGGUGAAGCCUCUGAGGGAGCCAGCACCCUCUGAAGAUGUGAUUGAUAUUAAGCCAGAGCCAGAUGAUCUCAUUGACGAAGACCUCAAUUUUGUGCAGGAAAAUCCCUUAUCUCAGAAAAAACCCACAGUGACGCUUACAUACGGUUCUUCUCGCCCCUCUAUUGAAAUUUAUCGCCCACCCGCAAGUCGGACUGCAGAUAGUGGUGUUCACGUAAACAGGCUGCAGUUUCAGCAGCAGCAGAACAGUCUUCAUGCUGCCAAGCAGCUUGAGAUACAGAACAGCCGGGUGUACGAAACGGGCCGUCUGUGUGAGCCCGAAGUGCUCCGCACCUUGGAGGAGACUUACAGCCCCUUCUUCAGAAACAGCUCAGAAAACAUGAGUGUGGAGGAGGAAAACUUUCGGAAGAGAAAGUUGCCUGUGGUAAGUUCAGUUGUUAAAGUGAAAAAAUUCAGUCACGACGGAGAAGAGGAGGAGGACGAGGAGGACUGUGGGUCCCGGGCGGGGAGCGUCUCCAGCAGCGUGUCGGUGCCUGCGAAGCCCGAGCGGAGACCCUCACUUCCUCCUUCUAAACAAGCUAACAAGAAUCUAAUUUUGAAGGCUAUAUCUGAAGCCCAAGAAUCUGUAACAAAAACAACUAACUAUUCUGCAGUCUCACAGAAACAGACACUGCCAGUGGCUCCUAGAACUCGGACUUCUCAAGAAGAAUUGCUGGCGGAAACGGCCCAGGGGCAGGGCAGGACCUCUAGAAUAAGCCCCCCCAUCAAAGAAGAGGAAACAAAGGGAGAUCACGUAGAAAAAAGUCAAGGAACUCCACAGAGACAGUUGUUAUCCCGGCUGCAGAUUGACCCAGGAAUGGUAGAAACUCUGGAGAUCAGUCCAGCUGAGAUGAGUGAGCUGAGUGUGGCACAGAAACCAGAGAAACUUCUGGAGCGCUGCAAGUACUGGCCUGCCUGUAAGAAUGGGGACGAGUGUGCGUACCAUCACCCUGUGUCACCUUGCAAAGCUUUCCCCAAUUGUAAAUUUGCUGAAAAAUGUUUGUUUGUCCAUCCAAAUUGUAAAUACGAUGCAAAAUGUACUAAGCCAGAUUGUCCCUUCACUCAUGUGAACAGAAGAAUUCCAAUACUGCCUCCAAAACCAGCGGUUCUGACACCAUCGCCAUCUUCUAAUAGUCAGCUCUGCCGUUACUUCCCUGCUUGUAAGAAAAUGGAAUGUCCCUUCUAUCAUCCAAAACACUGUAGAUUUAACACUCAGUGCACAAGGCCUGACUGUACGUUUUAUCACCCCACCAUUACUGUGCCGCCACGACAUGCCUUGAAAUGGAUUCGGCCCCAAACCAGUGAAUAACACCCAGUCCUACCUGGCAGAAGAUUAUGAAGUUGAAAGUUUCCAUCUACUGAUGAAAGAGAUUCUAUAGAACUUGUCAAAUCUUUGAAACUUGGAAUAUAUUGCUUUCACAAUAUGAAGUUUAUUGCCUCUCUGAAGUAUCUAAUUUUUCAAGUUUGUAAGUUUAUUAAGUGGUUUUAACAUUGGGUGUUUUGUUGUUGUGUGCCUUGUUUUGACUAUGGAAAGACAGUUUAAGGAAAAACUAAAUUCUAUUAAAAUACAUGGCGUGUUUGUACACUGCUGUUUCAAGUAUCAGCAUGUACAAUGUGGUGAUGCUGUCAGUACUGAGAAUCCAGUUGGGGCUGUACAUCGCUGUGUGUGCCUGAGAGAGAGUCACGUGGGUGUGUGUGUGGAGAGAGAAGGGAGCAUCCUUACUCCAAAAAUUGGAUUGCUGCUUUCACCUUUUCCAGGGAUUACAGAAGGUUCAUAAUCCGCUAAAAACAGGAGUGGCCAGGAGUGCUGAGGUGGCAGAGAGUCCAUCCAGCUUUUUAAUUUUAAGUGAUUUAAGUUUAAAAAGCAUGAUAAUACAGGCUCCUGAGGUUGCACGUGGCUUUGGUCAGUGGUUCCCGAACAGCUUCCUUCGCCCCUGGGUGAGGGGGGGUGGGGAGGGUGAGCGGAGCGGGAACGGCAAAGGACAGACAGACAAUUCCUUAAAAUGUUUUCAUUUACUGUUAACAUAUGCUUUUAAAAUAAGUAUUUUGGGGAACUACAUUAUCACAAAAUUAUACAAAUUUUUUUACAAGUAUAUAUACAUAGGUAUCUGAGAACAGCCUUUCAACUCACAAAAUUAGAGAAACGUAUAUUCUCCCAUUCUGAAAAACGACAUUCCCAGAAAUAACUCCACAGAAGAAUACGGUUACUGAAGAUAAUUUUUAAAUGUAGAAAUUAGAUUCCAAUAGUGUAUUUUAAAUGACAGACUGUAAUUACAGAGAUCAGAUGGAUAAAUUGCAAAAUAGGACUAAACUUCUGGACUAUUGAAUUAAAAUAGAGUUCUGUGUGUGGUGGUUUUUACAUUUUUUAAGGCAAGAAGUAUCAGAUACUUCAGAAUUAAACGGAUCA